CGGCCGCGCAGGGCGCCGCGCGCAGUCCAGCCGGCCCUGCCCUGCCCUGCCCUGCGCUGCCCGGCCCCGCACGGGCGGCGCGAUGUGAGGCGCCCAAGCCUGGAGCCUCCGCCUGACACCAGCUCCACGCAGCCUGGCGCCGGCACGCGCGAGGCCCGGCCGCGGACGGAGGUGGUGGCGGAGUUCCCGCUGCCCACAAGUCUGGCCUGACCUUCUGGGGCGGGGGCCUGGGGGCAGGGGCCCUGGGCCGGAGGACCUGGGGCCGCCUAACGACUCGGAGCUCCCCGCCGGGGGACACCGGCGCUCGGCCCGGGUCUCAGAAAGUGGAUUUGACUGACUGAGGACGCGACGGGCACUCAGCUUCUCUGCAUCUCUGUCGCCCAGCGGAGGGGCUGGCACAUACCCUUCUGCAGAGGCCGGGCUGGAGGAGAAGAUGGCGGCCAAGCAGCCCCCGCCUCUGAUGAAGAAGCACAGCCAGACGGACCUCGUGAGCCGCCUGAAGACCCGCAAGAUCCUCGGCGUGGGCGGGGAGGACGACGACGGGGAGGUGCAUCGCUCCAAGAUCAGCCAGGUCUUGGGCAAUGAAAUCAAGUUUACUGUUCGGGAGCCUUUGGGGCUCAGGGUCUGGCAGUUCGUCUCUGCUGUGCUCUUCUCUGGCAUUGCCAUCAUGGCGCUUGCCUUCCCUGACCAGCUCUAUGAUGCGGUCUUUGAUGGAGCCCAGGUGACCAGCAAGACCCCCAUCCGCCUCUACGGCGGUGCCCUCCUCAGCAUCUCCCUGAUCAUGUGGAACGCUCUCUACACGGCUGAGAAGGUCAUCAUUCGAUGGACCCUGCUCACUGAAGCCUGCUACUUCGGGGUCCAGUUCUUGGUGGUCACUGCCACGCUGGCUGAGACGGGCCUCAUGUCCCUGGGGAUCCUGCUGCUCCUGGUCAGCCGCCUCCUUUUUGUCGCCAUCAGCAUUUACUACUAUUACCAAGUCGGCCGAAGACCCAAGAAGGCCUAGCUGCCCGCUGGGCCUGGGGCCCUGCCCAUGCCCAGGGCAGAGUGGCGCUGGGGCCUCGGCUUCCCUCUGGCUCCUGGCAGACAGGAGGGUCCCCUGCCCUGCCCCAGCCCUGCCCCAGGGAGGCAGGGGGUGGGGGGCCCUCCUUUCCUCCUGGCACCCCGUGUGCUGUGACCUCCUCGGCUUUCAGGCUUGACAUGCUGGUGUGGGGAGAGACAGGGCCUCUGCUGCCCGGUUCCUCACCCUCACAGUGAUACCUGCUUUCCUUGGGUCUCUCGGCCUCCAGACCCCCUCAACAGACACUGACGAAAG